CCCUCCACCGAGACUUCAGCCUGGAAGAAUCACUCAUUCAUCACAGAGGUCAUCCUCCUAGGAUUCAGCAGUCGACCUGGGCUGCAUGUUCCUCUCUUCCUACUAUUCCUCAUGAUCUACAUGAUGACCAUGGCUGCAAACAUCUCCAUUAUUGUGCUGGUGGCAGCUGACCGACACCUCCACACCCCCAUGUACUUCUUCCUAGGCAACUUGUCCUGCCUGGAGGCCUGCUACAGCUCCACCAUCUUGCCCAGGCUGCUGGCCAGCUUCCUGACAGCGGACAGGGCCAUCUCCAUCCUCUGCUGCAUCCUGCAGUUCUCCUGCUUUGGUUCUCUCACAGGAUCAGAGUGCUGUCUUCUGGUUGUGAUGUCUUUUGAUCGCUACAUGGCCAUCUGCAGACCUCUGCACUAUGCAGCCCUGAUGAGGACCAGAUCCUGCCUACAGCUGGCAGCGGCAUCAUGGAUCAGUGGGUUCCUGGCCAUGGCUGCCAAUGCCUUCUGGUUGUCAGGCAUGGUCUUCUGUGGCCCCACUGACCUUGACCACUUCUUUUGUGACUUCACCCCACUGUUGACACUGUCUUGCUCUGACACCAGCCUGAUGGCUCUGCUGACCUUGCUCCUGUCUGCUUUGUUCACCCUGCCCCCCUUCCUCCUCACCCUCACCUCCUGCCUCUGCAUCAUCGCGGCCAUCCGGAGAAUCCCCUCCUCUGCUGGUCGGCACAAAGCCUUCUCCACCUGCUCACCUCUCCUCAUCAUGGUCACCCUCUACUAUGGGACAGUCACCUUUGUCUACGUCCUCCCAGACACUGAGAUGCUAGGGCCCCUGAACAAGCUGUUCUCUCUUUUCUAUAGAGUCUUCACCCCUCUUGCCAACCCCUUGAUCUACAGCCUGAGAAACCGUGAGGUCAGAGAGAGCCUCAGGAGUGCUUUCAGUGCCCGAGUCCGCUAUGCCUAG